GGGCUGCGUCUCAAAAGCCAUUGACUCCUCUGCGUGGUGGGGAAGCAUCCUCAUCCUUUCCCUAGCCCGUCCUGCUCGGCUCUGCCUGGGAGAGGAAUUACUGGACCAAGCAGCAUGAGCAAUGAAGACUACAGUGACAUCUAUGACACAAUCCAAAAGGGGAGGAGAGACGAAGGCCCACCCCAGCUGGAGGAAAAUGAGGGUCCUUUAUAUGAUGGAGUCCAUGAAGACUUGAGGGGUGAAAAUCAUCUGCAUGCCCCUCAGUUAGAAAACCAGGAAUACGAUGUUCUGUCGGUGUAUGCCUUGAAACGGGAGGAGGCUACCUCAGCCUCCCUGGAGCCAGAAGCAGGAAGCUACCUCCAGCCUGACGAGGUGUUUUCUGAGCCCCAGGAGCUCAGGGACAUCCCCAGAAGAAGCCUACACUCACCAAGGCAGAGCCUAGAGCCUCUGCUGUGGGAACUGCAGCAGAGUGGAAGAAUGGUCAAGGAGGAUUCGGCUCCUUCACCGAGCUUCACGCUUCAGCACAGCAAGGCCUUUCCCACCAGCCAGGACUUCCCUACCUACGCUUCUGCUGCUCUUAGUUUGGAAGAAAAUAAAGCAGUUUCCAGCAGCCCUGAGAUCUUCCUGUAUGUGAAGGCUGGAAUUGAUGGGGAGAGCAUUGGCAACUGCCCUUUCUCUCAGCGCCUCUUCAUGAUCCUCUGGCUGAAAGGCGUCGUGUUCAACGUCACCACUGUGGAUCUGAAAAGAAAGCCAGCGGACCUGCACAACCUCGCUCCUGGCGCGCAUCCGCCUUUCCUGACCUUCAAUGGGGACGUGAAGACUGACGUCAACAAGAUAGAAGAGUUCCUGGAGGAGACCUUGACCCCAGAGAAGUACCCCAAACUGGCUGCGAGACACCGGGAGUCCAACACCGCAGGCAUUGACAUCUUCUCCAAGUUCUCGGCCUACAUCAAAAACACCAAGCAGCAGAAAAAUGCGGCCCUUGAGAGGGGCUUGACAAGGGCACUGAAGAAGCUGGAUGAUUACCUGAACGCGCCUCUGCCAGAGGAGAUUGACACCAACACCCGUGGGGAUGAGAAAGGGUCCCAGCGCAAGUUCCUAGAUGGAGAUGAGCUGACCCUGGCCGACUGCAAUCUUCUCCCCAAGCUUCAUGUAGUCAAGAUUGUGGCUAAGAAGUACCGGAACUAUGACUUCCCGGCUGAGAUGACAGGCUUGUGGCGGUACCUCAAGAAUGCCUAUGCACGGGACGAGUUCACCAACACCUGUGCGGCUGACAGCGAGAUUGAGCUGGCCUACGCAGACGUCGCCAGGCGCCUCAGCCGAUCCUGAGCUUAGCCAUUUGGCCCGAUUCUGCUGCAAAGGAAUUCUAUUUCUCCCAACGGCCUUCUACUGACUCAUUUCCCCCUCUUACCUUGAGGAAACAUUUAAAAGCAAAGAACGAAGCCACAUCCUGCCAGCACCCCUGAACUCAGCUCCAGCCUGCUACCUUCUAAGAUCAGUGCCAUCCUUCUGCCCUGACCCAGGAGCCAGACGAGAGGAGAGAACACAGCAGCAGACCUUCCCACCUGCUGACCCGAUCUAGGGUCGGUGGGCCUGGGGUCAGUUUGAAGAGCUCCCAUGGGAUUGUCACUGGUCGCUUCUGCCAAUAUCACAAUGCUUUCCCUGAUGUUUUAGCAACUUCUCCACCCCACCUCUUCCUCAGUAACUGCGAGGCCACCGACAAAUAUCAUCCCAUGAUCCUUAGGGAGAGAACCAUGCUUUGAUUGGAAGACAGUCCUGGGGGCGGGACUCAGCUGGGUGUGGCUUUGGGAAUUGCACAGAGCAGUUACAGCUGCUGACUAUUUCUGACCGAGGCCCGUAUUAUAAUGUCCCCUUGGACACGCCCCAGUGUGUCGCUAGUAGGCCCGUAUUAUAAUGUCCCCUUGGACACGCCCCAGUGUGUCGCAGUGCUGGGACCAGGUGCAAUAUGAUUAUGUCCUGGCCAGCACUGAGCCUGGCUUUCCAUCUGUCUCCGUUCUGCCACAAAGGCAGUUGAGCUAUAAUUGUAAACGGACGCGAUCCGAAUGGAGAGGGACUUCCAGGAAGCAAUGUUGAUGCCAAAAGGCCCCGCAGGGCCUAAGCCACAGCGGUCACUGACUUAAGAGUACUCAGCCACCGGAGAGCACAUGAGUGGGCGUGACUGUGUUCUUCAAUGAGUGGCUUUGGGUGGAGUUGUGGUGGUGGUGGGGGGGAAGGGAUGGGAACAGAUAAAGUGAGGAGUUUGGGGUAGCCUAGUAAACCUUCAGACCCGUCGUCUCCCUCACUAUCUAAAUCUUGGACUGCAGUUAGGGCACACACACCUACCAACCAUCAAGCAGACUCCAACAUUGGCCAAAAAUGUCUUCCGGGCCCUUCCUAGUCACUUCUGGAUGUGGGUUGCCACCUGGGUGUGCUCAGGCUCCCGGCUUCUUCAGCCCCAACAUCUGAUGGAAGAGAAAUUCUAAUAGGGACUGGUGUGAUCAAGGGUUGCCUUAGGAAGACAGUCCAUGAGUCUUUCUGACUGGGAAGCCACAACUUGAAUUUGGAAAAUAUGUACUGUCCUGGGUUCAUUUUCCCGCCAUCAGACUCAUCUAUCAGAUUUUUAAGAAAAAGGCAUUUUUUUUAAAGCCUAAUAUUUCUCUCCUUAGUCGUCUGCCUUGUGUUUUACCUACAAAGCUCAUGGGGCCUGAACAUGGGAACCUGAACUGCCCAACCACUAUGACAAAUGAGUUAAUCAUUCGCUCUUCCUCUACCAAUGAGCUAGUGCGCACAUGGGAGAAAUCCAUCCGCUGGGCCUCGCUCUAACAAUCCUGCCUUCUGUGUCGCUGCCAGUGCAGGGUGAGGCUCCUGAGGACCGGAAAGCCCCUGGACUUGGCUCAUUACUCCGGAGGGUGGGGCAGCACGGGUCCUUUCCACAGAAACGUCAACAUGUGCUAACAGUCACUGGACUCACCUGCCUCUAGGGAUCGCCAAAGCAAAGCACGACCAUUGAUCCAAGAAGGGAGGAAGCGGGAGGUCUCCCUAGCCCAUUGGGGAAGAGGACUCUGCCUGCAUUUUAUAAACCUGAAAGGGCUUUGAAGGUGCAAAAUGAGUCCAUUCAUUUCCACCCUACAGGAACCUUUCCACAGGCUCUUGGCAAGCUGCCCCUGGGGUGUUUAAAGGGCAGCCCUGCUGAGGGACCAGCCCUUUUUCUGCAGGGAAGAGCCCCUAGUGGGCCUGCGGAGCGGGGAGGGGCGCAGGAAGAGCUUCUGGAACCAUAGCAAGGCUGUUUCAUUAAUAGGAAACCAUGUUAUUCUCAGGAAUCCUUCCCAGAACUUGCAAGCAGGGUGAACCCCAGGCAGUUCACAGCCCUGUGUCCUACAGGUGGACCGAUGGCGAAGACCAGGAUACAUAUAGAGGGGUCCCCGAUGGAGGGGAAAGUACUCAGGACCCUCACGUGAUAUUCUGAUCCCGGAAAUGGGCAAUUCUUGAAAAAUAAACUGCCCAAGCAGAGUCACUACUAUUUCUAGAAAGUCCUCCUGUGAUCGAGUUAGUUUUACAUAAAUAACACAAUUUAGCCCAUGUUGGAUCUAUCAUAACCCCUUUAAAAAGUGGCAAGAUUAUAGGACAGAGGCUCUUCUGAGUUCUUGAAUUCAGAAGUGAUUUUAAUGUUUUCAGAGAAUCAUGAUUAGACCGACCAGUGUCUUAGGACAUAGUUGUCU